AUGUUUCUCCACUCGGGCGCCAGCUUGCAUGGCCACGAGUAUUCCAAUAAGCCCUCCGCCAAUGGUCCCCAGCCUGCGCGCAGACGGAUCCUUCUCCGUUCCUCAUUAGGUGCAUCACCCCUCCCGCGAGCAUCCUUUUCUGCCGACGACACCGAAUCCGCCACCCAAAUCAUCAACCGCCGUCUGUCAUUACAGGGACCCUCGCCCUCCCCCCGGCCGAGUGUGCGCAGGAACCGGCCCGUUUCUGACCUUCUGCCACGGAAGGACCUUGUCGUGCGAUUCGAGGAAGAGCCCACGGUCGUGGUCGAGGAUUCGCACGGUCUGGAUGGUGUCAGCGAGGACGAGGGCAGCCUGGUGUCGGAGGUGAGCGACACGAGCACCGUUAUCAGGUCCAAGAGGUCGAGGAGGGCCGCAAGGCAAUGCACAAAUUAUCUCCUGGCCUACCCGCCGCCAAAGCUACGCACAAAACAACGCCGAUUCGUUCAGAUCCGUCCGCGGCUGCUGCUCCAGCUGCAACAACUAUCUAGCGACAAGCGACCCAUGCCGGCCAUUGACGUCCUCCCAUCGAGCAUAAUUGCUGGCACUGUUAUCCUGCCCCGGCUGGCACGCCGAUUCCCCAAGAUGUUCAGGGUCAAGGGGCAGCUGGGCAUGAACGGUCUCAUCUUGGCCAAAAGCGAGGACUACGACACGCCCGCCGACGACUCGGACGGCGACGAGAAGGAUUUGGACAAGAGAGAUCUGGUGGCUGUUAUCUCGCCCGUGGCGCGCAGAGAAGGCGAGAGGAGGGACUCAUCAGACCAGACGGAAAUUGUUCUCGCCGAUGGCUCAGUGUGGACGGCCACUCAGACGAGCAACGGAUCGUACGACUUUGUGCACGUCGACGACGUGGGUCAGGCGACGACGGCGCGAUGGGUUAGACGGAACGCUAGGCCGCUAUCCACCGCUACCUGCACGGCCGUCUCGACACCCGCGCCAGCCUCGGAAUACAAGUUCACCUUCAGCAUUCUCGACCCCGAGCUUCGGCGACAUCCCGUCAUGGCAACUUUGACGCCGACGAACCUCGAGAUCCUCGACAACUACACAACGGUGUCACAAUCGUCUGGUCGCUACCCUCCAACGAGACCCUUCAGCACAGACCACAGUGGCAGCCACGAACCUUCAUCCCCUCCAUCGCCAGCCCUGGCAACGACGAAACGCGAAACCCACCCUGUCGACGAAACCACGCGAAUCCUCAUCGCCGUAACUUCGGUCUGGGUGUCACUUCGUCAUGGCCAAGGCUGGGCCUCUACCCCGUCGCCGCCGGCUUCUGCCAGCUCCCGUCCCGUGCACUCGCGCACCGUAAGUGGUAACAGCUUGUGCCAGACCCGAGCCUCAACCUUUCCGGUGACGUCAACAGAAAUGAGCCAGAUCACCUCACCGCCUCUAGCGCAGCAGCAGCAGGUUAUGGCCCAGCUGGCGCCAGUGAUACCCAAAAGGACAUUUUCAUCUGGCGCGGCCUUCAUGCACCGGCGACAGACCAAACUCGAAGGCGAGGCCGUCACGACCGACCACGCCGCCUAUUCGGACGAUAUGGGCAGACUAGAGAAGGUACUCGAGCCCGUGCCCAUUAAGAGGACUUUGUCAAGGAGAAUCCGCGACUGGGGUCACCGCUUGACAUCGCGGAAGACAGCAGCUGCUUGA